AUGAUGGAAGAUUACUUUAUGGAGCGUCCAGUUUUCAGUGAAGAGAUAUUUCGGACACGGUACAGGAUGAGUCACAGCGUUUUCAACCUCAUCUCCAGUGACCUUUAUCGCUAUGACCAGUACUUUGUCCAGAAAUCAGAUGCUGCUAAGAAAGUCGGACUACUUCCCCAGCAGAAGCUAACAUGUUCCUUAAGAAUGCUUGCUUAUGGUGCUGGAGCAGAUCAAUGCACUAAGUAUUGUCGGAUGGCAACAUCUACCUCCAUCGAGGCUCUGAAACGAUUUACAAGAGGAAUCGUUAAUCUGUACUCGGCAGAAUACCUCCGGGCUCCUACUCCGGCAGAUCUCAGAAGACUUCUCGCCAAAGCUUAG